AUGUGGGUCGAAUUCGCAAUAUUAUUAUCGGUGGUUGUGUAUCUGAUCUAUCGUUGGUCCACCGCGAAUUAUGACUUCUUUGAGAAGCGUGGUAUUCCCUAUGCCAAACCCGUUCCAAUGUUUGGCAAUUUUAUGGAAAUGGUGUUACGUCGCAAAUCAAUGUUUGAUAUAUUCAUUGAAAUCUACAAUAAAUACGAUGGAAAAAUUUAUGGCAUCUUCGAUCAACGCCAGCCCAUGUUCCUGGUACGUGAUCCCGAUUUGGUGAAGCAAAUUGCCAUUAAGGAUUUCGAUCAUUUCGUUAAUCAUCGUUCGAUAUUUGGUGAAGAGGAAGGAAAAAACUUGUUCGCCGCUUCGCUGUUCAUGAUGAAAGAUUCGAAGUGGAAGGAUAUGCGUAGUACGUUGAGUCCUGCAUUUACGGGUAGUAAAAUGCGUUCAAUGUUCCAGCUGAUGAAUGAAGUGGCCCAACAUACCUUGGCUCAUGUGAAGAAACAGCCAACAGUUUUUACCGAACAGGGGUUAGAAUUGGAGGUCAAAGAUUUUAUAACACGCUUCACAAAUGAUAUUAUUGCCUCGACGGCCUUUGGACUACAAGUCGAUUCGUAUAAGGAUAUGGAUAAUGAAUUUUAUAAAAUGGGCAAAAAAGUCACAAACUUUACAUUUGUGCAGAAUUUAAAAUUUUUGAUGUAUCCCAAUUUUAAGAAAAUUAUGAAGUUAUUGGACAUUGAUUUAUUCGACAAAAAAGACACCGACUAUUUUAUGCGCCUCGUCUUGGAUGCCAUGAAAUAUCGCCAGGAACACAAUAUUAUACGUCCCGAUAUGAUCAAUAUGUUGAUGGAAUCUCGGGGCAUGUUGAAAUCUCAUGAUAAUUUUAAGCCCACAAAUCGUGAAUGGACUGAUGUUGAUAUUGUGGGACAAUGUUUCCUUUUCUUUUUCGCUGGAUUUGAAACAUCCGCCGCUUUGACAUGUUUAACAUCCCAUGAGUUAAUGGAAAAUCCCGAUGUACAAGAAAAGCUCUAUGAAGAAAUUCAAGAGGUAGAACAACAACUGGAGGGUAAACAACUUAGCUAUGAGGCUCUUAUGGGUAUGCGUUAUAUGGAUAUGGUGGUGCAAGAAUGUCAACGCAAAUGGCCCGGUGCCAUUGCCAUAGAUCGUAUCUGUAAUAAGGAUAUUACCUACGAUUUGGAUGAUGGCACAAAGUUGGAAUUGAAAAAAGGUGAUGGUAUUUGGAUACCCGUUGUUGGUUUCCAUCGUGAUCCGAAGUACUUUGAAAAUCCCGAAAAAUUCGAUCCCGAGAGAUUCAGUGAAGAGAAUAAGGAUAAAAUCCAUCCGUUUGCAUAUUUGCCAUUUGGUGUGGGUCCCAGGAAUUGUAUUGGCUCCCGUUUUGCUUUGUUGGAAACGAAAGUUCUGAUUUAUUAUUUGUUAAGAGAAUUCAAAUUUGAACCAGCCAAAAAGAGUUGCAUUCCCAUGAAAUUGAAUCCGGCCGGUUUCCAAUUGGCACCCAAAGAUGGCUUUUGGAUUAAAUUUAUAAGCAGAACAAAAUAGAGG